GCAGGAAUAUGUGAUCCCGGGGGGCGGACGACCUUAGCACACUGCUGGUGAAUGGUUGCGUUUUUUUUUGCGACCUAGCGCCGCCAAAAACCGUACGCCAAAGUUCCGGUGCAACUCCAGGUCCAGGGGCGUUUUGUGCCAUGAAGCUGUGGGUGCCCAGUAGUGGCCAGACACAUUCCGGCUUCCCAAACUACAUACAGCUAGCAUCCUGGCUGUUGCUACUGCUACCAAGAGUGGACUGUGCACGGGCCGUACAAUCGACGCACGUAACUCGCCCGGAGGAUGAUGUGUGCGAUUGGCGCGACCUUUUCCUACUCGCGUACCACUGUGAGCAGCGACCGGUCGACCCGGUCCUCUACCUGCUGUACGAUGUGAACCCGAGCGAAGGCUUCAACCUACGCCGGGACGUGUACAUCCGGAUGGCGGUGCUGGUGAAGUAUCUGCGGACAAAACCGGGCUACCGGCGCACGAAGCUCGUGCUGCCACCGUGGUCUAACCUGGUACAUUGGCGCAGCCAUACCAUCGACCAGAGCCAGCUGAUGUGGAGCCAGUUCUUCGAUCUGCCCAGUCUGAAGCUCUACACCGACGUGCUGGAUUUGGAUGAGUUUUUCGAGGCGUACCGUGGCCGGUACGGUUCCAGUUCUGCCGACGUGGUCGAGGUAGACGAGGUGUACAAGCUGCGGCACUUCGACAACAUGUUCGAGCAGGACGGUGCGUUCGUGGACAAGUUCGAGGAACACGUGUGCCCGAAGGGCGAGAUAGCGGCGUGGCACUUUUUCGGGUACAGCAACUUCACCGCACGCGACUUCAGCUGUCUGCACUUUCAGGGUAGCGCGUUGCUGCUUCAUCGGUUGCUGCAAGCGAAGCGUCACCAACGGCCAGCGACCGUUGAACGGCGUGCCGCCCGCACCGUGCUCGUGCUGAACGCGGAGAUCGUACUGCACGACCUCUGGGGCAACGGUGAUUACUGGGAAGCGCGCCGGUCGAUGCGGUUCGCCCGUCAUUUGGUCGAGGUAGCGGAUCGUUUCCGAUUGUCCCAGCUCAACUCGACCGACGAGCAUGAGGGUACGGUGCGUCCAGCUCGCUGGACUGACGAGCAAAGUGACGGUGACGAUCGGGAGCGGCGGGUGGCGCAAGGUGGCCGCUACCUGUGCGCCCAUCUGCGCCGUGCCGACUUCCUGUACGGGCGUGACCGCACCACCCCGACCGUACAGUCGGCCGCCCUGCAGAUCCGUGCCAAGCUGCUCGAGCUCGGCCUACGCACCGUGUUUGUCGCGUCGGACUGCUCGCGCACUGAGUUCUACAACCUGCGGAACUACCUGAAACGGUUUCGAGUGGUGCGCUUCGAACCGGAGAGCUACGAGCAGCGCACGGUGCUGAAGGACGGUGGCAUCGCCAUCGUCGAUCAGAUCGUCUGCUCGCACGCUCACUACUUCGUCGGUACGUACGAGUCCACCUUCACUUAUCGGAUUUACGAGGAGCGCGAAAUCCUUGGCUUCCCCACCGAGCGCACGUUCAACACGCUGUGCAAGAGUGAAAAGGACAUGGAGGGCUGCGAGCAGAACGCGGUCUGGCCGAUCGUUUACUGACUGACUGACACCCGUACGCUCCUCUGUUCGGAUGACGGGGCUGAUCCGGCGUGCCGGAGAGCCGCACAGAAUAUAGCAAUACGUAGCCAAAGGAAACCGAAGCCUGGCCGGGCCGGCUGACGUUUGGGGGUCCUUUUUUCUGGUAACAGUGUAUGUUUUAUUUUAUCUAAUCUUUUUGUUUUGUCUUUUUUUGGUUUCGUUUUGCUCUCGGGUUUUCUGUUUCAAUUUUCCAAUUCUCUUUCUCUAUCCCCCUCUCUCUCUCUCUCUCUCUCUCUCUCUCUCUCUCUCUCUCUCUCUCUCUAUCUCUCUCUCUCUCUCUCUGUCUUUCUCUUUUUCUCUCUCUAUAAUGAUCUGCAAUGUUUUUUGGGGGUUUUCUUCUUCUUUUAAGAAUAGUUUUAACACUGACACCACCAAUAAACGAUUCGUGAAAUACAUACAGAACUUGUACAGUGUAUUGUUUGUCCGGUACUCGGUCCACCAUUAUCCUUAUCUCAUUUGCUUCCAGCAUCUUAUCGCUCGAGUAGUUCGUAGGUAUUACAUAUACAUAUAUGCAUAUAUUUUAUCUAGAUAUAUUUACAUAUGUAUUAGGUCUAUAACUAAGUUAUUUCGUUUCUAUGUAAAGAUGACGUCAUUUUUGGGGAAGGUUCACAGUCCCAUAUGUUACGUCAUUUUAAAGUAUAACGGAAUACCUUUAAACCAAAAUAAGUGACUGCUCAUAAUAUUGAGAAAUAUAACACAUUUUUUCUCGGGUUGAAAAUGACGAGUUUUGUGCCUAAAAAGUCAAUUUUGCGGGGAAGUUCCUUCUUUCAUUUGAAGAAAACAGCUGCUAAAAGAUUUCGUUUGUUGGUGAACAUGAUUACGACGCCAAAAAAAUUGAAAACUGCUUUCAAAGGAUUAGAAGCGGAGAUUUUAACAGACACAGAACGUUCGGGCCAACCAGAGAAAUGAAACAAAUAAGAUUUAAAGGGUGUCGUGCUUUACAAACCUCUGGACUGGACUGGACUGGACAACUUAUUGAUGGAGCACGAUAUCGUCGAUUCGGUAUAGACCUCAUACAUAUGAAUAUGUAUAUACAUAUGCAUAUAUGUGUAUAAGAGUGUACUUAAAUAUUGAAUCAUCGGUCCACCGGUUGCCGUAGGUUGCUUUCGUUUUAUUGCUAUUAGUUCCGAAACAACAACACAAAUUCCAACACUUACAUAGAGACUUAAAAGGUGCGCUAUGCUAUUAUUAUGUAUAUAUGUAUACAUGUAUACACAUAAGUAUAUAUGUAUAUACAUAUGCAUAUAUGUAUAUGCAUACAAAUGCAUAUAUAAUACAUAUGUAUAUAUGUCUAUAAAUAUAUACCGCUCGUUUCCUUGCAAUCGUUUCAAAAGGCGAAAGUUUGAAAGUUGAUUAACAGAGAGAGAACCCAUGAUAGCCAAUUCGCGUUUCCCGUGUUCCUUCUGCCACCAUAAUCAUAAACGCCCCCACCACUACCUCUUAUGCACCUCCGUAUUCUUCCCGUAGCCUAUUGGAUCCUGUGAGCAAGGAUUGGGCCGGUUAGCGGCAGAUUGAGCUGGAGUGUUAUCGCUGGAGUGGUAUCCUAUGCAAAUAGACCUCGCGCUCGCUUCACCUUCCCUCCCCCCCACUCCCUCCUUCUUCCUUCCACUACCAUUCACCACCUCCACCCUUUUUGGUCAGAACGGAGAAG